AUGCUGAUCGGCACGAUACCCAGCAUUUUCAUCAUCACCAUAGCCAUCGACAUCACGAACAUCAACAUCAUCAACACUGCCCCUGAAAUACUCUACGCAAUCAUCACUCGCAACAUUAGCACAGCCAUUGUGCCAGGAGAUUCAUCAUCACAUGUCAUCGCCAUCAUCGCCGUCAUUACCUUCAACUCCAAAAUCACGUCUUCGUUGCCUCCAUCUAGAGGUCUUUGCUGUGGUUCUGGCACGCAUGAGCCCCAGUUUGGAAAGCUUCAAAUUGCCAUUGACGUGUUGAGAAGCGAGGACCCUCCGGACUGGUUCUUGUGGCUUGACUGCGACGCCUUGGUCGCCAACCGAUCCAUCUCCGUGGAGUCGCUUCUGCAGACCUAUCAGCUCUCCGAAAAACAUUUCGUCGUUGCCGAAGAGGUGUCAGGCAUCAACUCCGGGACCUUCCUCGUCAAGGGGGGCACGGACCGCCCUGGGCUGCAUUUUUUGGAGAGAGUCCUUUCGAGCGACUGGCGCUUCGUCUGGGACCAGACCAUGCUUCUUGAGACAAUGGUCAGGGACUCUGAUCUUUUGGCGGAGGAGAUGUGUGAGGGCGGCGAGGUCAAAGACUUCCAAUGGGCACCCCACUUCGGCAUCGUGCCUCAGCACGCCAUGAAUCUUUACGGUGAAGGCUCUGCUUUGCAGUGGGGUGCUUCUGCGUGGAAGCCCGGGGACUUCAUCUUGCAUUUGGCAGGCUGUCCUUUGACAGAGCCUGAGUGUCAUAGGACUUUUGAGGAAAUUGCCACCUGGGUGGAAGCCCACAACUAG